AUGCCUCCAUUCAAGAUGCCUUAUUUUUUGUCCACUCUCUUAAUCUUUGCAUUGGUGGGCUUGACUUGCGCUCAGUCGUCCUUCAAACCCAUCCUCGUGACUUCAGGAGUUUCAUUUAACCCAACCGUGGUGGCCUCUACUGCCCCGAAAGAGACCCUCAAUGUCUAUCAAGUUAUCCUCGAACCGCUUGAUACUCUUAUCUCUUCGUGGGGCGCAAGAACUGUCAAGACAAACAGCUUUCGUUUAGACGAUGUGGACACUGGUGUCCUUCCAGUAUCUGUGAACAAUCAUACAUCCUUCCCCUCGGUCCACGACUCAAAUGACGACAUUGUUAUUUUCAAAGACUCUACAUUGACAUUUGGGAGCUGGAAAUAUAACACCCUCUAUCCAUUGCUUCCCAACGAUGGAGACGCUUUGAAUCUCGGACCCAGCUCCGUCCUUCAGAAUGCCGGCUGGAUCUACAACAACGAGAAUUUCCAGACUCUCACUGUACCAUUUGCCUUAAACGUCGGCCAGAAGGGCAGGUUCAAAGGGUCUCUCCUCUUUGGCGGAGCUGCUCCUAGUUAUGAUGCCAAUCGAGUCGGGUCUAGACAAUGGUAUAUCCUACCUGGUUCGGAGAAUGGCGCUUUUUUACAAAGCGGCACGGUGGAAAUCCCCGGAAAUGUCACUAUCCAAAAGUACCAACACUCGACACAUAACGGCCUCGCAAUUACUGAAGGUCAUCCAGAACAGCUGCGUGCAAGACUCAACUUCAGCAGCGAUAGCAUCACUGUCCCUCGUGGCAGUAACCUCUGCCAAUCGAACUAUUCAAUUACCUUCAAUGUCACGACAGCCAGUAAGGAAGAACCAGCCCCCUUCGAAGUCCGCGUUCCCGCGUUUCCUUCCGGAGACAAGGCUCGCUGUACCACGAAAAAGACAAAUGAUUCCAACAUCGAGCUCGGCCUGCCUUUCUUCAGUUUAAUUUAUAUUCUGGUGUCCUCUAUCAACAGCCCUCUCUACUUGACUCUGCCAAAUUCUUAUGAUCUCGACCCAUCUCCUGCGGUCUUCCGCCCUAGUCAGACCUUAGUUCCGCCACCGUCCCCUCCAGCUACUACUGCGCCUACCGCCAGUACUGGGGCUGCCCCCCGUGCCAAAGAAGCCACAACUCUGUCCAAUCUGCUCUUCAGUCUUUUAGUUUCGGCAUUUCUAUGA